AUGCCUCUGGAGAACAGCUCCGUUCAGCAGAUGGUGUUCCUGCUCCUCUCCAACCUCGCCUUGUCUCAUGACUGCAGAGGGGCCAUUCAGAAGAGCAACUUCUUACAGAACUUUCUGUGUCUGACGUUGCCAAAAGGAGGGAGUAAGCGUCUCAGUCAUCCGGCUGCUCUGUGGUUGAGGUUGCUGCUGAGCCUGUCACUGGGAGAGGAUGGGCAACAGAUGAUCCUGCGGCUCGACGGUGGCCUGGACUUACUGGCGGAGAUGAGCCAAUUCAGGCUCAAGAGCAGCCCCUCUGUAGCGCUCCUGAUCGUCCACAACCUGUGCUUCAGCCCUGCCAGCAAGCCCAGGAUUCUGGCUCACG